ACUUUAAACUAAUUCAUAUUGAUCAUACCUCGAGUAAAGACUGAAAUCAUAGCGGAACCAUUAUCGAACGAUGAGAGGGACUGGUGACUUUGACGGACAAUCACAGGAAACACAACUGAGUUACUUUUGGAAAGAAAUCUUCUUGAAUAAUACGUAUUUAGCAGUUAAAAUACUUAAGUUACUUUUGUAUAAACAAGACAAUAACGAUGCUCAUUAAAGUAAAGACCCUCACAGGAAAAGAGAUAGAGAUAGACAUAGAGCCCACUGAUAAGGUGGAGCGGAUCAAAGAGAGGGUUGAGGAGAAGGAAGGGAUUCCUCCACAGCAGCAGAGACUUAUCUACAGCGGAAAGCAAAUGAAUGAUGAGAAAACAGCAGCAGACUAUAAAAUCCAAGGAGGGUCUGUUCUCCAUUUGGUUCUCGCCCUGCGUGGAGGAAGCCUCUGCUCUUUGUAGUCGUCACUUCAUAAUUUUGCAGCACCUGCACUGACAACUAUAUAUUUGACGAGUCACUGAGGGGUGCUGGCAGACAGUCAAAUCAACCUCUUCCACUUUGACAAAAAAUGUGUCUGCUGCAAACUUCUCAGCUGGGAUCACAGAGAGACUCUUAGUGUUAAAAGCUGAAGAGAAGUAAACCUCUUUAAAAUAUAGGCUGUUUGCUGCUAUAGAAGUUUGAAUGAAAGUGUCUUCUUUCUUCUGUGUUUUUACAGAACAGAAGCAUCAAGUUGAACAUUAACUCAAACCAUUCCCAACAAAUUCUGCAAGAAUUAGAGGUUUUUCUGUCCCUGCUGUUGAAGUUGUAAACAGACAGUUUGUGUCACUGUUGAAGGCAUUAAUUUGUCAUUCAUCAAGAGUUUGUAUCUAACAAAUGGAUCUAAGCUGAUCAGUGAAAACACUAAACAUCCUUUUCUUUGUUGUUAAACAAAUUCUCAAAAUAUGACAAUAAUGUACAACUUUUAGUUGUUUUUUAGUUGUGUCACUUUUCUUGCAAUUACAAAUAAAGUCGUUUAAUUUUUUUUAUUUGCAAUUAAGACAAAAACACAGACAAUCAUGAGAACUGCACACUGUAUUUACACAACAACCGUACAGGCACAAAAACUCACACACUCACUGUACUAAAGUAGAUCAGAAAAACCCUGUUUCCCCUCAGAGUUGGAGAGGAGAAACUUUUACAGUGUGACAGUUAGGCUACGUCCACAUGUGACGCCCUCUCUGACCUUAUAUGAAGGAUAAGCAGAAAGAAUUAGCACCAGUUUGUUGGAGUGUCAAAGGUAGUCAAGAUUAAGUGAUUUCUUUUAUUGGCAGUGUGUGUGUGUUUAAGUUGAAGGCAGCAGCUACGCCCUGAGACACAACAGUUUAUACACAGAACAACUGGCAUGGUUAAUUACAUAGUGUGUGUUUUUUUCUUGUGUGUUGAUACAGUAAUACACAGAUUAAGUACAGACAUACAGUACAACAAGCACAUAAUGGAGUAUGUUUAUACAGAGGUGCAGGUAUUUUCCUUUGUCGCUGGUGCCUGUGCUUUCAUUGCACAACAAAGUAAUUUCUAGUGAAUCAUUGAAUUAAAAAAAUAUUUUCUCUUUACGCUCGGCUGCGUUUUUAGACCCUAUUUUUCUAUACAAGGAGCAGUCAGUCACAUGUCUAUGGGGAAUUGCACAUUUAUGCCAAGGUGUGAAAAGUAAUCUGUUUAUCUGAUUUUUAGGAUGUUUAGAAGAGAUGUUGAUAAAAAUAGGUAAAAUGGCCAAAUAAAAAAAUACUAAUUUA